AUGACCGGCAACGUGGUCGACCAUGAUGGCGUGUCCAAGCCUUCAAACAAAGUCGCGCCUUUGGCUCAAGGCGAACACCCCAGUGCAGGAGAUAGCUUUACGCUCCGCCGCGGCAAGCUGUCGUGGGAAGUCACAUACACCAAAACGGGUACCAUAGAUCCCGAUGCGUUUGCGAUGCUGGUGUGGGAGGUGGGGCUGCUGCUGAGCGUCCUGGUUCAGGCGUGGACGAUUCCAUUCCUCGUAUGCUUUGAAGACGUGCAUCCAGAACUCCAGCAUGGGUCGUGGCUCAUGGGUAUCACCUGUGCCUUUGACAUUCCGUUUGCUGUCGACAUGGUUGUGCAAUCACGGACGGGCUACUACGAUAUGGGCAACUUGAUUCGAAAUGCAAAGAGCUCCCGGAGGCGAUAUCUGCGCUCGUGGACUUUUGUUGUCGAUGCAAUCGCCAUUGUGCCUCUCUCGUUGAUUUUCUGGAGCAGUCGCGGCGUAUUCCUCGUCAACAAACUCAUACGACUCCGCAAACUGCCCGUGUAUACCCUUGCAUUCGACAAGGUCUUGGCUCGAUACUUUACGUUUUGCAAAGUCGUCAAAGCUGUGGUUGUCAUUUACUACUUUUGCCACGUUAUGGCGUCUAUCUAUGGAGCGUUUGGAACGACUCCCGAUGAAGACGACUGGAGAUUGCACUUGACGGCGGAUUCCGGACACAACGAUUUGCCGACCACAUACUUCUCAGCGCUUUUCUGGUCUUUGGGGCUCGUCUCCAAGAGCUUUGAGGGUGAAAUUCCGCGCACAUUGGCCCAAAAUGUGUUUACGUUGGUGGUCAUGUUGGGUGGCUUCCUCCUCUUUGUGUACAUCUGCGGCACGUUGUUUAUGAUUUCCAAGUGCGAUUCCAACAGCACCGAGCGGUUCAAUGCCAAGAUAAGCCAGCUGCGGCACACUUUAUCCUUUCACCAAGUGCCCAAGUCGAUUCAAGAACGCGCAGUCGAAUACUUGGAGAAUGGCUUCAAGAGUGGCGAAGCCAACGAUCGACAUACCAUGAAGUUGCUGUGUCCAUCGAUCUCCAAGGACAUCAAGUUUUCCCUGCUCAAAACCAUGACAUCCAACGUACCUUUUUUCAAGUGUUGCAGUGCAGUGGUGAUCCGAGCCCUCAUCGACUUGAUGGAGACGCAAUCGCUACCAACCAACUUUAUCGUGAGCAAGGUGGGCGAUCAAGAAGAUGGUAUGUAUAUUGUGCAGUCCGGGGUGCUCGUGGUUCUUCUCAAUGAUGCCAAGGUGCGCGAAAUUCGAAAGGGGGGGUUCAUUGGAGAGCUAUCGCUGUUUUCGAAUCAAGUGCGGUCGACCACAGUGGCCACGGCAACGUUUUGCAUCUUGCACAAACUCUCCCGCAGUCAUAUUCACCGAGUCUUGCGUGCGUAUCCGCAAAUCGAGUCGGAAAUCAUGAACUGUGUGAAGACACUCUUGGCUGAACGCGAUGCCGACGCCAACAGUGCCGAAACCAAGCAAAACAAAAAGGUCAGACGGGGAGUCAAAGCCAUCGUGAGCUGGAGUACGCUAAGGCAGCACUUGGGCAGCGCCAAGAAUCACAUGGUCACUCAAACCAGUGUCGCAGAGUCCACCACCAAGUCGUCUCUCGUGAUUGCCAAGCCCGCGCCUACACAUCAAACCGGCAGCCGACAGUCCAGCACGCAUUUCAUUGAGUUCAAAAAGUCGAUGCAUGUGUCCCCAGAAGAGGUGCGUCCGGCGAGAUCAUAUGCAUUGCCUCAUGGGUUUUAUUGUAGGGUAAUUUGCACGAAAAGCCAACUACGGUCGCGGAAAUGGAACCGUCGGGGGCUGCUGUUAUUCACUGCCAUCCAUCGAAAGUCCAAAUGUCGCUUUGUAUGGCUAUGUAGCCUCAUGGUCACAACCAUGUACAACACAGUCACCGUGCCAAUGGUCAAUGCAUUUCAGCUCGUGGGAUAUCCCAGACACAUCCUCGCCCUAAACACCGUGGCGGACGCUGUGUUAUGGGUGGACAUGUAUUUGAACUUCAAUUUGUCGUACAUUGUCGAAGCCGAACACAUCCUUGACACUACCAUGUGCGCGCAACGGUACUGGCGGUCAACGUUUCGAUUCGACGUGCUGUGUGCGUUUCCAUGGUGGAUCUUCUGCCCUUCGCACCACACGCUCGUCCGUUUCACGCGCCUCUUACGGUGCUUUUGGUUGCAUUCCAACCUGCACGAACUCGAGCACUUCGUGUCUAUUGACAGUCGAAAGCGCAUUGUCCUGCUCGGCAUUGGGCUCUUCAUGUGCUACCACAUUGCAGGUUGCAUGGCGCAUUCGCUGACGUUUGUGUUGGGCUAUGGUACGCACGCCCACGGGUGGCUCCCUCCAAACUCCCUCUAUCUCCAGCCAGUGUGGAAUGUUACAACGGGUGCGCUAGCAGGAUACAACUACUUGGACAGAACUGUGUUGGUCGCCGUGGACGACCCCCUUGUCAACCAUAUCCUCCUCAAACAGUACCUUCGGGCGUUGCAGUAUGGCGCCGUGUGCCUGACCAGUCUGGGGCUGACGCUCGAACCCGAGACGCUGUGGGAAUUCGUGCUCGCGAUCGUGCUCAUGCUGAGCGGCAUGCUGGUCAUUUCGAUCGUGAUCGACGAAGUGCAAAAGCGUGUGACAGCGUCGGACAUUGAUCACAUGGAGUUUUUGUCGCUGCGGUCGCGCAUCAUGCACUUCUUGCACAAACAAAACGUCCCCGGAGACAUCCAUCGGCGCGUGGCAUCGUCCAUGGACUUUUGGUGGAGUGUCCACCGCGGCGCCAACAUCAACGACUUGUUGAAGGAAGUGCCCAACAGCAUUCGCCGCGAAAUCAUCGGGUCCAUCUGUGCCCCGGCGUUGAACGUGAUCGAGCAAGUCAUUGGCAUCAAUCCCCCCCUCUUGGACCGCGCGUGCGGCAUCUUCCUGGACAACGUCGUCAUUCAACUGUUCGGCCAAGGGGAGGUUAUGUACCAUCGAGGUGACAGCGCCGACGCCAUGUACAUUCUGCUCGUGGGGGAUAUCGUGUUGGUGGCCAAUACUCGAUCGUCGAAAGCGAUGCCUCUACGCGAAAUAUUUGGCUGUUCGAGUUUGUACAUGGGCAACGUGGGGGGUAGCACUGUGCACGUUGAAAAUGCUAUUGCACGCACCGCAUGUGUGGUUGCGCUGGUGGAUAGACCCACGAUUCAGGUGUUGAACGCAAAGUACCCGUCGUUCUGCACCACGUUCUUGCGAAAGGAGCAGAAAUUGCUCGCCGAGCACCGAGCCAUGACACGGUUGCUUGCACAAACCGAGUUGGCCGCGCUGUCCGGACAGAAGAGAAAUGGCACGAUCGAUCCUGAUUCUACGUUUUCCAUCGUGUGGGAGACUGUCCUCUUCGUGGGCAUGGUGUUCCAAGUCGUGCGGGUGCCAUACUUGAUGGCGUUUGGGUUCCAAACCCCUGGCCUCGACAUCCGCGACGUCGUGUCGAUGGUGGUGGAGACGCUAUUCGUUGUGGACGUUGCCCUGAAAAUGCGCACGGGGUACUACUCGUUUGGGAACAAGAUUACCAACCGAUCCGCGAUUCGACGCCGAUACAUGUCGUCAAUGACGUUUGUCCUUGAUGUGCUAGCAGUCCUCCCCGUCGAUGUUGCCAAUGCAUUUGUUCCCCGGCGACUCGAGUGGUUCAACACAAACAAGUUGUUGCGGUUGUUCCAACUACCGGCGCGGUUUGACAUGCUUGAACGGCACUAUUUCAAAGUGAGCAUUCCCAUUCGAGUGUUCAAACUCGUGUUCUACAUCUUCCUGCUGGCGCAUUUCAUUGGAUGUACGUGGUACAACUUUGCCAGCGAUUUAGCCUCCGUCAUGGGCUACGGCGGCAACUCACAGUUUGGAACGUAUCCGUGGCUCCCGGACAAGGACAUGGACAUUGCCGACCAUCACGAGUCCGAGAUAUACAAGUACGCCCGUGUUUUGUUUUGGGGAUUGGGCCUCUUGCUUGGGUUUUACAAGGGCGAGUACCCUCAACUCGUGGCGGAAUAUGUGUUUACGAUUGUCGUCCAAACGAUCGGCGUGUUCUUGUUGGCAUAUGUCGUGGGCAACCUCCUCGAUAUAGUUCAAGUCACGGAAGGCAACAACCGCAUCUUUUACAGCAACCUGAACUUUGUGCGCAAACUCACGACAUACUUUGCCUUUUCCGACGACGUCAAGACCAAAAUCCAGCACUUUUACUUUUACCGCUUGUUUCACAGCAUCCACGAAGAGCACAUUUUGACGAAGUGUCUGCCGCAGUCGCUCGUUGCCGACAUCCGGCUCUUCCUGCUCACGCCCAUGCUCAACAAGGUGCCGUUUUUCCAGCACGAGGCCGCCAGCUCCAACAUCACGCGGUCGCUGGUGCGCCAGCUCACCCAAGUGCUCGUAACUCGUCACGAAGUCGUCUGUCGGCAGCACGAAAUCGGUGUCGAAAUGUACUUUGUGUUUACGGGGUGCUUGGAAGUGUACGUUGCGUCCGACCAACACUCGACUACCACCGCUGCCAGCAUCGACGGCAUGUCCGUCAGCAGCCGCGGCACCAAAGUGACAGAAAUCGCCGCUGGGUCGUUUUUCGGGGAGAAGUCGCUCUUUUCCGACCAGCCGCGGAACGCGUCGAUCGAAGCCAAGACGUUUUGCACGUUGUACCGGCUGUCGCGCACGCAUUUGGAGUCUGUGUUUGCCCAGCACCCCGAGUGGAAGUCGAAAGUGCUGCAAAUCGUGGCAAGAAUGUACGAAGCACAGGAAAAGGUGUAUCGCGGACGCUUGGCCAGCGAAGCCACGACCCGCAAGAUGCAUGAUAACCCACCCCCCCUGCACCGUAGCCCCCAUUCGAAACCACCUAGCGGCUGCUCCAUUCACAAUUUGUCGUCAGCAUUCGAAGAUGACCACGUGAGGACGGUCCGGGUCGUGCCGUGGGCCCAACGCUGGAGACGCCACGUCAUGUCGAUUGAAAUGCAAUCGCCUCCAUAUCGCUGGUUUUUGAUGGUACUGUGUCUGGCGUUGCUGUACAUAGCGUUGAGUGUGCCGUACUUGAUUACAUUUGGGCACGGGCACGACAGCAGGUCCAUUACCAUUGCCAUAACGGUGUUGGACGUCGUCACGGACAUGGUGUUUGGGUGCGACAUUUGGUUCAAGUUUCACGUCGUAGAAACAACGUCGUCGCGAGAGUUUUACGAGCACCGAUACCACUACGACAGCAAGGGGAUGACCCUGGACAUCGUCGCCAUCCUGCCGCUGGAUUAUGCGUUUGCUGCCUUUACCACCCACGCCUAUGUGUGGCGGCUGAACCGCUUCCUCAAGCUCCGCCAACUCACGUAUGUGAUUGGCGAGCUCCAACGCUUUAGCAUGUCGUACGAGAUGAACCGGCUGAAAACUCUCGCCUUGUACUACUACGUUAUUGGGUACUGGACGGCGUGCGCGUACUUUGGACUGACGACCGUCGUGGGGUUCAGCUCGUCGUGGAAUUCGUCACUUCCCAUUCAGUACUUCAACGUACGUUCGACGGGCCAUGCGGACGUGCUGUUUUCGAUACAUCAAUACGCUCGCUGCUUUUUUUACGCGGCGAAUUUUUAUACGGGGUCCGGUCGCGUGUACGAACCCGUGGCAAGUUUGCAGUUUGCAUUCCACUGUGUCCUGUCUGUGUUUGGGGUGUUUGUGAUGGGAUACGUGAUUGGCGAAGGCUCCACCCUAUGCAUCUACCUCAUCCAGAACGAAGUCGACUUCAAAAUCAACCAGAUGCACGUCAUGGACUUCCUCUCGCGCAAGCGCGUGGAUGUCGUGUUGCAUUCGCGUAUCCACAAGUAUAUGUCGUAUUGGUGGACGUUUCAAAACGGCGUCCCAUACCAGACGAUUCUGGACCAGCUGCCGCGUCGCAUUCGGGGCCAAGCCAACAUUGACCUUGCGCGCAAGAGCUUGUCCCGGUUUGCGUUGCGAUACAUCCGUCCUCUGGUGCACCAUAAUACCCUAAUGGGCGGUGUCGACCCUAUCAUGCAUAGCAUCGCCCAUCGGUUGGUGUAUGAAGGUUACCCCACGGGGGAGUCAGUGAUCGUCCAGGGCAACAUUGGCCACACCAUGUACUUUGUGUCGACAGGAGCUCUCAUGACAGUGUCCACAAACCCGACCUUCGUCUCGGUGCGGUACGACGAUAGUCAGUACUUUGGCGACGACGGGCUGCUUGACAGCACCACGCGCCACUAUUCGGUCGUGACGCUGCGGGCGUGCGACUUGCUUGCGUUGUCCGCCGUCGACUUUCUCGCGGCAUUGCACGAGCACCCCCGCCUGUUGGAAUGCUGCACGGUGGCGACUGGCGUUGCCCUUCGGCUGUCAAAACAGAAUGAGACGAAGCACAACGAUCCACAGGGACGCCAAAUCCCCAAGCCCCACGUUGGCCGGCUGGUGUGCGACGAACUUGUUCGGAAAGCUGCGGACCUCAAGUACUUGAAGGUGAUGGAGUUUGAAGUCGCGAACGCGAUGUUUGGAAACUUUGUUGGUUUGUUCAUGUACAGUGAAGAUGGAGCCAUCGCAAUGGACAACAAGAACGUCCAUCCAAGUGGCCCUUUAUCGGCUCCAAUGUGUCAGUAUUGCGAAGACCGAACCGCCGACCGAUACUGUCCUCUGUGCCACCAAGUCCUUUGUGCACACUGCACGUGCUCCAUCCACGACAACUCGUACUAUUCGUACCAUACCAAGAGAAUCUCAAUGCUCCACGCGCCACCUACGAGCGACCUCCCACCUACACCCCAAUUUCCAACAAGUCCCAAAAUGACACCCCAUGGUCAGUUGAAACUCGUGACCAGCCACCCCCCCUCCUCGAGUGUGUACGAUUUUUUGUACAAGCUUCUGCAACAACGGCAAGGACGCGUAGAACCAGCGACAUCCCACGUGAUUCACGUCUCCAACGAAAUGAUCUCGGGGUCGUUGGACGUGAGCCCGUCGUCCAAAUCUCGCGAUGUGCCCCGACGACAUGUCAAGCACAUCCGCCACCACCACCACUCGGCGCUUUCCAAAAGCUUCAACUUGCACGAAAUAGGACGUCUAAAUCGCAAAAAGGGGCCCCGGUGUCGUGUACUCCAAAGCCAAGGGAGUUCUGCUCGAGAGAGCAAGCCCCUCGACAUGUCGGCGGCGGCUCGACGAAGGGCAAGCAUCGAUGCAAUUCAGCACUUGAACAGUUUACUUGCGUCUACCACAGCACCACUGCCCAUCCAGGCUGCACCGGGGGUUCAACCAGGCGCAAUUGAACAGGUGGGAGCUAUUCCACGAUGUCUCGCACAACGCUCAAACCAAGUGGUAUGCAGUGAUGAUCCCUCGAACACGCAUGGUACCAAUGACAAGCAACCGAUUUUUCCACGAAGUCCACAAAAUGGACCAGUCAAAGGACCUGCGGUACAGCUCCUGGGCAACGCAGGUCCAGCGCACGACCACAAGAAUGUUCACCUGGCGCCUCUGGCUAAAAACGUCAGCGUGGAUGCAGAAAUGCAAGAGCCGUCGAUAGAGUAG